UAUUACAUAUCAGAGGUAAACAACUAUAGUUCAAAACACAUCUUAAUAUAAUAAGAAUAUUUCCUUGUUGUAGGCAACUGCUUUCUAACACUUCAGUUGCUAAUGUGAUGUUUUACUGACUGCUCUAACAGAAAUUCUAAGUAAACUUCAAAACUAUCAAUAUGAAGGCAGACAGUACAAUGGUGUAUAGCAGUCAGUUGUUUGCUAUUCCGGCGGCACCACGCCUGUUGCUUUGUGUUGCUCUCACAUUAUUAGCAGUUACAUUAACGGGUUCAACACAGCCGAAAAGUUCCGCCGUCGUUCUCCGUCCUUCAGUCAUGCAUCCAGCGUUUGAAUCUGCCGGUAAAUCAGCUGGGCUUAAAAUUUGGAGAAUUGAAGAUUUUGAACCAGUUCCAUAUCCACUCAAAGACUAUGGAAAAUUUUAUACUGGUGACUCAUACAUUAUUUUAAAUUCAAAAGAAGAUAAAAGCAAAAAAGGCAAAUUUGCUUCAGAUAUCUAUUAUUGGUCCGGAAGUUCAUCUUCUCAAGAUGAAGUCGGAGCUGCUGCAAUUUUAUCUGUUCAGUUAGAUGAUGCUCUUGGAGGUGACCCAGUUCAACAUAAAGAAACUCAGGAUCAUGAAAGCCAAGCAUUUUUAUCUCUAUUUUCACCAUCUAUUCGUUACUUACCUGGUGGUGUUGCAUCAGGAUUCCAACACACGGAAAUUAAUGCUGGUGGAGAGAAAAAACUGUAUCAAAUAAAGGGCAAAAAAAAUAUACGUGUUAGACAAGUAGCUCCUAAUGUAUCAUCUAUGAAUCAAGGCGAUUGCUUUAUUUUAGAUACUGGAAAAGAAAUUUAUGUCUAUGUUGGACCCCAAGCUAAAGGUACAGAGCGUCUUAAAGCUAUCAGUGUAGCCAAUCAAGUAAGAGAUCAAGAUCAUUCUGGAAGAGCUAAAGUAAACAUUGUUGAUGGGUCAAGUAAUCCUGAAGAAAUUGAAAAAUUCUUUAAAGAAUUAGGAUCUGGUUCUUCUAAAGAAGUGGCUCCAGCAGUUGACGACGAUACAGAAUUUGAAAAAAAAGAAAUUGCAACACCAGUUUUAUACAAAAUAACAGAUUCUAACGGAGGAAAAAUUUCAUCAGAAAUAAUCAACCAAAAACCAUUGGUACAAUCACUUUUAAAAACUGAUGACUGUUUUAUUCUGGAUACGGUAUCUUCUGGCAUAUAUGUGUGGAUUGGUAAAAAAGGAACAACACAAGAAAAAGUUGAAUCUUUAAAGCGAGCUCAAGCUUUUAUAAAAGAGAAUAAUUAUCCAGCUUGGACUAGAGUUGUAAGAAUUGUCGAAGGGAGUGAACCAACUGCAUUUAAACAAUAUUUUGAUGGCUGGAAAGACAAUGGAAUAAACGGAGGUGGUCUUCACUUAAAAUAAAUUUGAACAUUACACUACUAUUCUAUAAUUAAAAAUUUGUUUUUCAUUUUAUAUUUUAAAGUUAAUAAUUUCAUUAUAGCAUGUCGAAAUUUUUAUGUUUUAAGGAAGUAUUUGUUUAUAAAUUGAUUUAUUUAAAUACAUUUUGCUAGAAUUUCA